AUGGAAACACCCAUAAAUUUGGACUCGAAUCCAAUCAACGACCCAGCCGGUGAUUUCCUUCUCCCGUUACAGCCAGGCUAUCCCUUACCAGAGAGGCCAACGCCUCAGGCUAUCCAAACACUGGAUUAUCUCAAAGGCGUCUCAUCACAGCUCAUCGGUGCAUCUGGUGAAUCAGAUCCAUGGCUAUUGCGACAUUGCAAAUUUGAUGAACAUGGCUUUCUUCUUUUCCACCAGGUCCAUUUCCGUAAUGCUGGCGGCGUGCCGCGAGAUGAGAAGAUUCCUGUGCAUUUCCUCGUUACGGGAGAUGAGCUUUAUGAUGCGACCAAAGAGACGACGAGAUAUCCGAACAUCGGAUCUCGGAGAGAUGAGCUUAAUUCGUUGGUGCCUCUCGAGUGUGGGCAGAGAUUGGUCUCACUCUUCUUGAGGUUCAUCUUUCCAACUCUACCCAUCAUAUCGCGGUCGAAAUUUGGAAUCACACCUUCACACCCAAUCCCCGACACAACCAUCCUACAAAGCACACCAAUACAUCUUCUAGCGGCCAUCUACGCAUUAGCCCAACCAUUUACCAGAUUUGACGAGUACCUAAGUAUUAUAAACGCAUACACCACACCACCAACGGACAGAUUAUGGCGAAUCACUUUCGAGAUGAUACUUGAAGAAAUCCAUACGCCACACUUAGCAACCCUACAGGCAGGACUCCUAUAUCUGCACAAGCAACACCCGGGAAGCCAAACUGCCGUCGCUGAUAGCCCUUUCGUGUGGUCAUUUGUCGGAAUGCUAGUUGGUCUAGCAACCUCACUAGGCCUCCAGUUGGAGUGCCGACCAAUGGGCCUGCCUGCAUGGGAGCGCCGACUGCGCAGAAGACUUUGGUGGGCUCUGUACUCUGAGGACAAGUGGCGCAGUCUGCUGAUGGGCCGUCCCCCGUAUAUUCGAAAUGAUGAAUGGGAUGUGACGGAUCUCGACGACGAUGACUUUCGCAUCGACACGGAAGUAUUUUCGCCGGACAAUCAAGCUCCGGAAGCUCUUUGUGCACUCCAGUUCCAGGGCUUUGCACGUCUAUCCUGUCUCGCCGAUGAAGUUCAGCAACGCCUAUUUUCCCUGCGCGCCGCCCAACGCCUAUCAUCUAACUUCCCUGAAUCACUCGCAACCGCACGCUCUCUCUUGACCAAGCUAAAGGAAUGGUACUCUCAUCUCCCACCCAACCUCCAUCAUCAAAACAAACCCUUCCCCCAAAACAACCAAUCGGACUGCCUCCAUUUCACCUACAUUCUGCUCGAAGUAUUCAUCUUCCGCGCCCUUCUCAGACCAAUGGUCCGCUCCGCAGCUCCACCACGCCUCUUCGAGGAACCCCAAGAUAGCCUGGAAAUCAUGGUAGACGACUACAUUGCACAUAUAAUUUCCGACGACGAAAUCGACCCAGUCCCCGCAAUAGACAACGACACAGGAAACGCAGUUCUCAAAGCAGCAGAAAACUGCGCCGCAAGUAUGCUUCGCUCCGUACUGCGAAUGCCCUGCGAUCUAUCUGCAUUCUGGUUAUCGUGGUGUCGGAUCGGCUUUGCGACUGUUUCUAGCUUCAUGAUGCUUCUCGUUGUCCAAGCCCCGUCCAAAGAACAUGCGGUUCGCGCUCGGGGACUGGUAGAUAUGUGGCGGCAGGCGCUUGUUCGGGGUCAAUAUCAAAUGAUGGAUCUUGCGCUGGUUAGGUUGAAUGGGCCGCAUUGGAUGGGCCUGACUAGGAACUUUUUCCUGUCAAAUCAUGUGCGGGAGGCAAUUGAGUGUACUGGAGACCAAUGA